AUGUUAAUCUCUCCAGCCAUUGCCGCCAACUGGGCCACCAUGGUGCUCCGACAAAUGCAAGUGGCAACCAGUGUGGUUUACAUACUCAGUCUCGACAUGAAGGACGCCAAAACACAUUUCGACAAGGGAAUAAAGGUAGUGGAAGCAGUGGGAAUCCUUGCUGUUGGUAUUGGCCCGCUCUGGAGAAAACCCAUGGUUUCUGCUGCCAAACUGCAGAGUUGGAAGAUAUCUCCUUACCAAUUCACAGCUGCCAUUCUCACCCUAUCUACAGUACUCGUAAGUCUAGCAGCGGUCUUCCUUUUUGUCGUGAAGAACUACUUUCUAGUUGUUAUUGUUGUUUUUGUCAACUCGGUGCUGGUCAAUGAAAUCAAAUGGGCUGAGGCCUACUUUUCCACCAAUUGGUUGCCUAAAAACAAGUACCUGGAGAUGUUUGAAAAGAGCAAGAAUAUUAUUCUGCUGUUCACCAUUUUUCCUGCCAUGAUUGCCACCUGGAUCCGAACUGUGUGGUUGUUUGUUCCUAUUCCUGUGGCUCUUUUGCUCAUAUCCUACUUCCUGGCCUUCAAAUUGGAACGUCUUCUCGACCAGCAAGUCAAGUACAAACAGAUGCUUGAAGACAAUGCUGAAUACACUCCUCUUGCCGAGUGGAAUGACCCCAACUCGUAUGACUAUUACAAGAUUGACAUUAAGCAGGAGAGCUGGGGUCAAUUCUACACCUAUUAUUUCUUCCAGUUUUUGUGA